GCGUGUGCAUGCUUGUUGUGCGUAUGCGUGUGUAUGUGUGUGUGUGUGUGUGUCUUUAGUGCGUGGAUAGCCACGGGAGAGAGGACACGCUGUUCUAUCCAUCAAAAUACCCGCAUUGUGUUUUCACACGGCGGAGCAGCGAGCAGGGCCUGUAGAGCAGAGGACAUGCAGGCCCGAUCAGCGCCAGGCAGCUGCUGGGGAUCAAUAAGGGGCUGAUGCGGGGGGCUGAUGCGGGGGUUCUGCGCGUCCUGAGAGCCGCCGUGGGCUCCGCUGGCUGCCUGGCUGGCUGCUGAUAGCGGGGCCUGUCCAGAUCUGGCGGGGCUGUGUUUUACUGCUCGGGUAUUUCGUUGGGAUGCUGUGUUGAUGUUCGUGUAUUCCUCUAAUGUUUUGGAGCGGAGAUUGAUGUGACUUAAGUGGGAGUGAAGAGGGGGUGGGGGGGAUUUAUUUAAGCUCCCAGAAAGUUUUAAAAAUCAACAGGCUGCACAUAUUAUAACAGCAAACCUUUGGGGUUUUUUUUUUGUCUACCUUAAUGCUGGUAAGCUUCCAUUGAGACAGAGACUUAUUGUCAUUAGAGAAAACAAAACAUUAGCAAGAGGUACACACUAUAUAUGCACCAAAGGAACACUAAAUCUGAUCAAAGUGUGUGCAGAGAGACAGCAGUUGCCCUUUUUGAGUAAUGUAGGAAGCCAUGCAGUGCAAGUGAAGCUGUUAUUGAUUUGUACAUGAAAAUAUCUUCUUUAUUAGGUGCACCUAUUCCGUUUCUUGACACCACAACUAUCGUUUUUUAGUUCUCACUCGGCAGCAUCGAUACAUACAGUGGUGAAGAUAACUUGCUGAAGUUUAAACUGAGCACAGAUGAGUUGCUGUGAACAUUUUUAAAAAAACAACCACGUUUUAACUGGGUAAUCGCAGAAGGUUGUCACUCGGUUGGGCUACAGCAGCAGACGACCACACCGAUUACCUCAUACAUGUUACGGGAAACUGAAGCUGCCUUUUGUCAAGGCUCAAACAUUCCUCAAAUAUCCCUUUAAGCCUGGUCUUCUCAAAAUAUCAAGCUGAGGACGACAAAAGUACAACUUCGCUAAAGUAAUGUGGAAGAUACCAUUGUCCUGAUGUGGCAAGAAAUACAGAAAAAGCUGUUUAUUAUCAUCAGCCAACAGUAAAUCAGAUGUAAACAAAAGCGAGCAAAAGCUACUUUAUCUUAAUUUAUUUAAUGUAGUUUGGCUGAUUUGGGAAUCUCUUUCCAACCAAAAAACAAGAAUUAUUCCUAAAAUUUAUAGGCAACCCCCAACCCUCCCCCCACCCAAAAAACCCCCAACUGCUUUCAUAUUUAAAGAACAAGAGGAAAUAUCUUUUUUUUACUAUUACUAAGUGUUUAUUUCUUUCUGUCUCUUACACUUGCACACUCAGCCGCUCACACAGGAGCCCUAAUUACAGACACGGUUCUCUGAUCUGCUCCACGGUUGUGGUAAUUAAAGCAGGACUCUCCUCCUGAGAGCUCGGGCGACAGACAGAGCUGCACGCCGAGGCGCUGGGCGGCGCAGGGCUGAGCUCCCUGGUAGCGCCGUAGGUGAGGCGCGAGGUGUGGUCGUGAUCACAAGUGACUGACAAUGAGGCGUUCUCGUUGAGCUCGAAGCUGGGCUAACAAAAGAUGCCAGAAAGUUUGUGAAAGCGUCUUGGGAACGAUGUGCACAAAAGAGCAAACGGUUCACCUGGUUUUCACUUUUACUCCUUCAACGUUCUCACAUUUUGUCACGUUGCAAUAACAACUGUCAGUUUACUGUAUUUAUGUAUAAAUGUGAUAGACCAACACAAAAGUAGUGGCUAGUUUGUAUCUGAAAAGUGUGGCGGAUGUUUCUUGUCAGUAUUUUUAAAAACCAGGUUUCACAGCAAUAAUUAUGGCUAAUAUGUUGUUUUGGGGUGUUUCUUACAAAAUAACUCAGAUUGUCAGAUUGGAGGAAGAGCAUCCAUGAAAACAAGUCAGAGACAGAAAUCCUCAAAAUGAUUUAGAUCUGUAGUUUGACUGAACCAUUGCCAGCACAUGAUGGUGAUGUUGAUUGUUGUUUUGCUGGAUAUUUGCAAUCGCUGUCCUGCUGGAUGGCGUACUGACUGUGCUCCACCCGUCUUUUCGUCGGCAGUUUGUUCAGCCAGUGAAUCUGUUCAUCUUUAUCAUGUUGCCUCUUUUUUAUAGUUGGUUGUCUGUAGCUACAGACGUGAUUUGCAGAGGAUUCCAUCAUUUUCUCCACACCUCAUUGUGAUUUGCUGCAACUUAGAGUGAAAUGUGAUGCCAGUAAGUCGCAUUUGUCAUUAAAGUAAAGUACCGUUCAGUUCAACACACUGUAGCAUUUUGCAUGUGGGGAAAAGAAAAACUCCUGUCUCAUCUUGCCAAAGCACUUCUUUCACGUGUUUGCUUUGUCAUCUUAUUGCAAACUGCAAAGCAACUUUCAGCAAUGGAGGCAUUGCUGCCCUAAUGAUUGCCUUUAUAUAAAGAUUAGUCAUCUUGUCCUAAACUGUGGAUCUCUGCAGCUCCUCCAGAGGCACCAUUUUAUUUGGAGGGAGUUUCAUAACCUGAACUUGUCUUCAACUUUUUAUAUCAAUAUUAAAUCACACCCCGUUGACAGUUUAGGACCAUUUACUGCUUGGUUGAUUUGUGAAAGCAACAUGUUGCACUUUUAUUUGAUGGUGUCAGAGUAAGAGAUUUGUACUAAAAAUAAUUUUAAAAUAAACGUGCAUCAAUUUUCUUUACCUUGAUAAUUGCUCAAUACUCUACUAAAGUACUCUUGUGUAACAUAAGGUUAAAAAAAAAAGAAAAUAAAUUUAAAUUUAUGGUUGUAACAUGGCAAAAUGUGGAAAACGUUCAGAAGUGGGAGUACUUUUACAUGCCGAAUAUGGAAUAAUUAUUGAUUAUUGGUGAUUAGAGUUGUCGGACUGUAAAAAAAGCAUCAAACGUUUGUAUAACUUGCUUUUUCUUCUGCACAGAGAGAAGCCAAUGUAAACUCAGCUGCCUCCCAGCUCUGUUCUCAUUACACGCCUACUGUUGUCCUGCCGCACCUGCUUUCCCUCAGCUCGUCCCCUCCGUCCUCUCGCAUUAGUGUUCAGAGAGAGCCCUGUCUGCACACCGCCGGUCAGUUUUCUCCUGUGUUGGUGUCUUCUGAUGGAUGAAUAUGUCCACUACUAAUAAUAUCGCCCAGGCCAGGAAACUGGUGGAGCAGCUGAGGAUCGAGGCAGGAAUUGAACGCAUUAAGGUGUCUAAAGCGGCGGCGGACCUGAUGAGUUACUGUGAGCAGCACGCUCGAAGCGACCCCCUGCUGGUUGGCGUGCCCACCUCUGAAAACCCUUUCAAGGACAAAAAGCCUUGCAUCAUCCUAUAGCUUCACACGUGCUUUUUUUUGCCCUCACACACGCACGCACACACACACACACGCAUACGCACACACACACACACACGCAUACGCACACACACACACACACGCAUACGCACACACACACACACAAGGCUCACACAUAAAAGUUGACUUUUGCAAUCAAAAUAGGUCCCCACCCAUCCUCAGACGCCAAGAAACCCCAGCUGGCGUUUGGGGGUUACACACACAGUCGCUCCAAAUUUAGCCACUCAGAAACAGUGCCACAAUCCAGAACCACCACUAGGGGGCAGGUAUCUUGUCCUCAGAGCUUCUGAGAUGAGUUAAGCAUAGAGUAUGGUCCAAGGUGCUUCGGUAUUAUUCCCAUAUGCUGGUGAAUUAACAACCGCUUAACUUGAAAAGGGAUUUCUGACAUUUAGCAAUUGGUAGGAAGCCCGUUUCUUUUCCGAGGCGUUGGAUAAAUGAUGGGCAGCUGCUGCACAGGCAGGCAGUGGGAAGAAGCAUGUGGGCAACACAAAUAAGUGGUGGGCGCAAGGCCAACUGUGCCAAACACGACCCAGUGUCGCAUCAAAAAGCUCAAUAAACGCUUAAUUUUCUGCGGGAACUUUAAGAUAAAAAAAAAAGAAAAGAAGACAAUCCGAGAGCGUUGUCUUUAGCUAGAGUCUUUGCUUUGGUCAGACCACAGCAUGUUCCCUCUCGAAUCCAUAUCAACAGACCUCUUCUCCUCCUGCGGCCUCUCUGCGGCUGCCUCCAGCCUUUUUUUGGCCAAGCCUCCAGCUGUGCCAACCUGUACAAAAAAAAAAAAACCCUGUCUCUAAAUGCUGAUCCGCUGUCGCUGGUUCCGCUGCGGCUCGAGACAGCUGCUGCCGUUGGUUCAGAGUCGAUGUCUUAGCCGACCUCAGAUCUGGACCAACUAGAGGAACUCAGCGAACAGCUCAACAAAGAACUCAAGCUAUUAACCGUGAACGUUUACUGCUUUUUUUGUUUUGUUUUUUUUCUUAAGAGAUACUUGUUUGUGAACUCAAUGUAUGUUUAGGUAUUUUGUUGAAGCAUUGCUUAACAUUUAAGACAAUACUGUACUAUUUUUUGUUGUUGUUGUUGUUUUACCUUAACGGAAAGGAGGCGUUACCAAUGGCCGACCUGGUUUGGAUCAGGGGUCUCACCUCAUAAGGUCGUAGAGUCUCUACUGUACAUCAAACCUUCGUGUGCUUUACUUUAAGUGGGAGCGAGGCCACAGACUGUCCACUUUGGAGAAUCCAUCUUCUACAACGGAGAAAGUUUAAACUUCAACAUUUUCUGUGUGUUCAGCUCAUAUUUGUUGUUACAUGUAAAGAUACAUGUAGGGAGUAUUUUAGAAAGAUGGAGAUGUACGUUGAUUGAAUAAUCUGAUGCCUGCAGUGACUUCAAAUCCGGUCUAAACAGUAGGAUAAAUUCAUUUAACGUGAGUUCACCACAAUCCAGAGACCAGCUCUUGGAUUCCCCCUUUCUGUGUCCUCUGCUCCUCCACCACGCUCCUCCAAUCUAACAAAACCAAACUUGAUUGUAAAACCUGAAAACGAAGAGGGAAGAGAAUGGCAUUAAGAGAAACAAACUAAGUGUAAAAACUUUCUUUCAGACGUGCAGAAGUGAUAAGUUGAAGAGUUGCUGUCUUGGCUUUUUUACUUUUUAUGUUACCUUCUUUCUAUGGAGUCCAUGAAAGCCGAUCAGUUGAGUAUUAUUACCCUGUACAGUGUUUGUAAGAUACAGAAUUUAAACACAGAACUACCCCCGUCUGUGGAUGUUGGAAUUUUUAACACUGCUUCCCUCUCGUCCGUCAGCGAUCAUGUCUGUCUUCUCAUUUUUCCUUCAGUUUUUGAAGGCUUGCGUUAGCGGAGGUUGGUUUUAGCUAUAGCUAAAAACGCAGCAGUCAGGAUUUUAACAAAAAAAAAAAUGUUGCGAGGUUAAAGAUGGAGUCUGUAAGAGGGAUUAAUCAACAUCAGACCUCAUUGCAGUGGCCAAAAAAACCAACCUCCUGAGCCUUCCUUUAAUAUCAACGCUGCCAUUUUUGUUUUGUCUUAAGUGGCGCAUUUUUGGGGCAACAAGCAACACAAAUGUCGUACAUCUAUAAUUUCAGAGGAGUGAUACUAAACCGGACUUGAAGCAAAUUUAAGCAAAGCUUUUCAAAAACAGUGGUUUGAUUUGCACGGCAUUAUGAUUUUAGUCGAGAGUAGGACGCAGUUACAGAGCAUGAUUGACUUAAUUGUUGCUCCUCUUUUGUGGUUCCCAUGUGACCCAGUUGUGACGCUGACUUUUGAAGGUUAUGAGAGGUUCUUCUGGUCCAUGCUUCCUCAUGGUCUUGUAUUUUUUUACAUCAGUGUUGCACAGAUCAGCAUUUAAAACAGACCAUGCUGAAAGGAGCCAGAUUGUGUCGGAUUAUGUUUGUGUAUUUGUGUGUUUUUGAACGCUAAAAUCACCAGUUAGCCUAAUUUUACAUCUUUUUGUAAAAGACCUUGCUUAUUCUGCCUUUGGAUUUUAUUCAGAACAAAGAGAGCAGGCAGUUUCAAAAGGAUAAGACUGCAGGUUGGGGGUGUGUGGCAUAUAGCAUGCAUAUGUGUGUGGGGGAAAGGAUGUGGUCUGGUGGUGUCUAAUUUAGCGGAGACGGAGUUGGGAAAAGACUUGUACUUGUUUGCAUUUGUAGGAAAAUUUCAAAGAAUAUUAGAGCACAGUGCCUCUUGUCCUGUCGUAAAACAUGGCAGUGUUACAACCCUGUGGUCCUGCAGUUCUAGGUCAGGGUUAGUCUGGCCAGCGGAAAGGUCAUGUAGCUUUAGCUAGCACAUGUGAUAUUUUGGUGCUUCCGCUUUGUUACAUUUUCAAGGUUUUCAUCUAGAAACACUUUGACUCUUCAGUAUCCUAAUUUAUUACAGGUUCCAAUAGGGUUGCAAUGUUUUUGCUAUCCAAUCAGAAGCAAAAUACACUGAGAAUAGUCUUGUAAAAUAUACACAAUUUGACAUAUCAUAAUCCUAUUCUCUGUAAAACAGCGAGAAAUCAUUUUUUAAAAAUGUUCUCAUUGUUUUCAACAAUAUGUUUGCUACUUUAAACUGGUUCAAGCAGUCUUUUGUCCUCUUUCUGCUGCAGUCAUUCACAAUUACAUGGCCAAUCGAAACCAUCAACUGCGUGAAAAGGCAAAAAUGUUGCUUUACACUUCGCACCUGGCAUGCUUAACAAAGAUAAGAGUGCUUAAGUGCUGUUGAAUCUGUUUUAUUGCCAUCUGGUGAUCUGAAAAUAGCAUUGCAGGUAGCAGUCAAUAAACGUAAAUGAAGUAAGGUACAACCCAAUUUUGUCCUUUAUUCUGGAUGUCCCAGUAAAUUUGGCAAUGCUAGCUGCCCCGCAAAUAAUUACAUUGUUUGUAGUAGUUAGCAUAGCAAUUGUUGUCAAAUCCCCCUUGUUUUCCAGAUUAACUCCCAGACAAAUCAAACAGAAUUAGGAUGUUUGACAUCCACUUAUUUUUUAAGGUGUGCUUACUUUAGCUGGAGAGAGGAGGAAAAAAAUGCCGCAAGUUAAAAUUGUUGUGAAAUUCACAUACCUAGCAUAUUCCACCGGUCAAAUUAGCUUGUCUUCAACUAAUUUGAAACAUCAUCAGUCAAUGAAGUCCAAAAGGACAUAUCAACAAAGAAUAAACCAAUAAUUUCAGAAUAUUUUUUAUAAAAUAUAAGUUUGAGGCUAAUGUUGACAGUUUGUCUCUUAGCUUAAAAAGUGGAAACUGCUGUAACAAAAUGCACCAUUCAGUAUUUCUGUUGCUCAUUAUUUAAAUAAAGUGUUUUACUUGGCUUCAACUUUUCUGUUCAAGAAAAUGUAUAAGCUUUAGAAAGCUUGUGGGCUGCUUUUUCUAUUGCAAGUUUACCGUUUUUGAUUUGUUUUUGGUCUGAAAGCUAUCUUCAACCUAUGCGUUACUAAAAGGUUUUUUGAAACCUUUUAAUAUGACAAGCAGAAAGGACAUAGCUGUAGUAAAAUAAACAUAGUGUACUCUAUUUGGACAGAAAAUGAAUCUGAUUAUAAAAAUGUCCAAUUAUUAAUUAAAAAUCAUUUUUAAUUCAGCAGUGUUAAUGCUUAAAAGAACGAUUACACUGUAAUGCUAAACAAAUUGUGAUAUUUUACUAUACAUAUAUACCUAAUAAUAACAGAUGUGUGAUUGUUUUUUUGUUUGUUUUUUUAAAUACAUGGAUGUGGGGAAGGAGGAUAAAACUUGGGUCUAUUAAAGAAUAAAAUGAGCAUGCAUAUCAUACCACUACGCACACUGUUGCCCUAAAAAUGUCUGACAAAUUUUAUUUUUUUACAUUCUUAUUAUAUUUUUUCUCAAUCAUUCCAUCUCUUCCUGGGCUACAAUCAAAGACGGCCGGCCUGAAUUGCUGAUUUUGCCGACAGUUUGUCUGAUUGAUUAGUUGUUAGUUUGCCUUAUAGUGGCGUAUAUUGUGUUAAUGCUGGUUGUGGAGUUAUCAGAUCAACAGAACGAACAGUCCUAAAGCGGAGCAUGUGGCUCACGUUGCCAAUUCAAAAAGUGAGCUCAACAAAAAAUUCAUUUUCGGCCCCAGUGAGGCGAGUCUGAGGCUCUUCGCUGGUGGACUGUCAUAUCAAGCAUCACUCAGUUGGCUUGGAGUCCCAUCUGAGACUCAUCUUUGUGUUCUGAUCUCCUGUGUAUGCAUACAGUAUAUGUAUCCUUUUUGCCUUGAUUGAUUCUGGAAAAAAAAAAAAUCUAUUUUUUGUAACUGUUCUCUGAUGUGCCAUAACUCAUGUUUUCUUGCACACUGUUAAUAUUUUGUGGAUAUUGCUGUUAAAAAAAAAACUAUUGAGAAGUAGAUAACAUUAAUAAAAAGAUGAUAUAACACAACCUG